GAGUUUCCGAACGAAAUUUUCUCAUAACCCAUUAUUUUUUUCAAUUGUAUUGUGUUGUGUAUUUUGGUAUGUUUGUGUCGUAUUUUAACCCAUUUCGCGUGAGAAAGAAUUUACAAAACAGGUGGUGUAACUCACGGAAUAAUGUCGUAGAUGAACACAACUAUUGUUACUAGUGAGUCACUAUUCCAAAAAUUAAUGGAGCUGAAGGUCUGGGUCGAGGGAAUACAAAGAAUUGUUUGUGGGGUCACGGAGACUACUACUUGUCAGGAUGUAGUUUUUGCUCUAGCCCAUGCCACUGGUAAAGUAGGCAGAUUUACGCUGAUCGAACGGUGGCGGAAUAAUGAACGACUACUUGCCCCUCAAGAAUAUCCUUUGAAGAUACUCAUGAAAUGGGGAGAGUAUUCCAAUGAUAUUCAAUUUAUUUUGAGGCGAUCUGAUUCUGGAAGUGGUCAGAAGUUAUCACAACCAACAAAUAACUCUAGAUCUCCAAUUGCAAAUGGGAGCCAUAACACUUCUAACUCCAACAUCUUGGACAGCCAGAACUCACCAAACAGAAUAAACCCGGGACCCACUUACAAUAAUAUAAGCAACACCUCUCCGGGAAAUCCAGUGGGUGUGGUGAAAGGAGUGCAGCAAUCCAAGACUCCAGAAUCUGACAGUCCUGUGCUUAAACAUGUUCCACCUUAUAGGGAACCACCACCACCUUACCGGUCUCCGCCGCCCCCGACGCAGUCUCGUAAGUCGCCAACCCGAAUGCGGCCGCGCUCCUCGCACAUGUCCCCAGUGAACUUGCCUGAAGAGGAGCCCCGGAGCCCUGAAGCCGUCACCUACAACAGUCAGUACAGGGAGCUCGUCUCACUUGUCAACUACCAGAGGGAGAAGCUCACCACGCAGCAAGCUGAUCUCAUUAAGUAUGAUGCUGAAAUAGGUUUUUGGGAGAAUAAAGGAAGGGAGCAGGAACGGCAAGUGGAACUUCUGCAGCAGCAGAUCAGCUCUGCGGAUAAUCAGCUCAGAAUAAGUACUGAACAGAAGCUUUUCGAGCAGGUGCAAGCGUUAACCUACUUAGAAGAAGAGAGUGAUGUUGUGAAACAGAACGAGAAAACCUUGAAGUCGGAGAUAGUGCUGGUGCGGUCAAAGCUGGCCAACUGCGAGACUGAGCUGCUGCAGUGCAAGAAUAAGAUACGGAAGAUUAUGGAGGACAUACAUAAUGAACAGAGGAUUAUUAAUAGUAGACAGCAGGAGAAUAGACAAGCUUUAGAAAGAUCAAUGUUGGCUGAAGUAGACAAUUUGCAAACUCAAAUUCAACAAGCAAAACAUGCAACAGAAAUAAACCAUUUGACCGCUGAAAACUUAAAGCGCGAGGUUGGAGUUCUAGAAGACGCAAUAAUGGAAAAGAAGAGACAAGUCGAGCGACUCGUACAAGAAAUGAAAGAAGCUAAUCUUCAAAGUCUCUCUGGCAGCGUGGACGAACUUAGACAUCCUCUUGAUGGAUUAUGCAAAGCUGGCAGUGCACGGAGAAUCAUAGGAUCACCUCGGCAACUGGAAAAUGCUGCUCCCACCAAUAAGAAUCCGCAUGGUGUAUGGGUUUAGCAUGUCAACCAUAUUGAGUUAAUUCAAUCAAGAUGACCCCUUUUUUACCAGAAGAUCUUUUAAGUUUGGCAGAGUAUUAUGAUACCUAAGUUCCUAUGUUAAUCACUUAUGGUUGCCAUAGCGGUAUAUAAGCGGUGAUAUAAAGUUUGAUCAGCAGAUACGUUUAUGAUUAACAUUGUCAUAAAGAGUGGUAAUGUAUUUGUACUAAACAUUUAGUUAAAUUAUCAAUACUUUUCCCACAAUUAAAAAAGGAUCAUUAUAAUAAAAGCUCGCAUGAAACACAUAUGAUUGGGUAGAAAAUAAACGUGCAUUUUCUUCAAAUGUUUCUUAGGAGUUAAUUAGUGGUAUUUGUGUUCAAACUAGUGUCAUAUAAAUUAUACUUAGGGUCACAAAUUGUGUCUUAUCAUAUCAUAUUUUAAUUUAAGAUUAUUAGACGAAUUUUAUUAACUAAAUACUUAUAGAAAACUUACAUUGGAAUUUUCUAUAUUCUAUGUAAUAAAAGUAUUAUCAUGUCUUGCCAUCCUCAUAAAGUAUUUGUACCUUUUUUUUUCUGGUUUUUAUGGAGGCUUUGGACACUAGGUGAACAUGUCAGCCUCAUAAUUGUACCUUGAAAAUGUUACUUCAUAGAUAUUCUUCGGAGGGAACAAACAUACCUACUCAAAUGUCUCAUAUGUAUAAGUGUUAGAUAUACCUACAUAUUUACAUUAUUAGUUAUAGGUGUAUGCGGAACACUUAGAAAGAUGAUAAUUAUGGUCACUUAUUUUACCAAUUUUAUGACUCAUGACUCAUCAGAAUAAGUAUUAUAUAAUAUAAUACUUAUUAAUAAUUAUAUUAUAAAAAUAAUACAAAUGGUACUAUUACUUGAAACAACUCCUAGUUAUAUUUUCUUAUAUAUCCUAGGUAUUUUGAGUAGUUAAUGAAUAAUUUGCAAUACAGAUAUGUUUAAUGAUAAUAAUCUAGUCGAAAAUAUAAGCCAUUGCAAUACUUAUGUGUGAACCAAUAGAAUUAUCUCGUGUUAUAGUGAAAUUGAAACUUAAAUUAUGUCAGCAUUUAUGGGAAACUGAGUAUUUCAAAAGUAUUUAAUUAGGCCUAAUAUACUAUGUAAUACGAACCUGUAUGUUACUUAAUUGUAAUCUGUAUUAUUAUUGUGCUUGGUUUCUGUAAUAGUAGUUAGAAUGUUUGUCUAUAAUUCAUAUAUCUAGUAAAGUGAUUUAAAG